GGUAAACAAACCCGGCGCGAGCUGCAGGCGGCGCGGCGGGUGCGGCGGGCACGGCUGGGGCGGCGUGGAGCUCGCCGAGCCGGGGCCAGGCUGGCCCGCCCGCCCGCCGCACAUGUCCCGGAGCGUCGUGCGGCUGUAGCCGCCUGCGGCGCCUCCUGUCGGCCAGGGGCGGGAGCACGGAGAGGUCCUGCGGCCACGCGCGGAGCCCAUGGAGUGGGUUCGGAUGAUCAACGUGCAGCGCCUGCUGGAGGCCGCAGAGUUUUUGGAGCGCAGGGAGCGAGAGUGUGAACAUGGCUAUGCCUCAUCGUUCCCUUCCAUGCCGAGCCCCAGGCUACAACAUUCAAAGCCCCCACGGAGGUUGAACCGGGCACAGAAACACAGCAGUGGGAACAGCAACACCAGCACUGCCAACAGAUCUACACACAAUGAGCUGGAAAAGAAUCGACGAGCUCAUCUGCGCCUGUGUUUAGAACGCUUAAAAGUUCUGAUUCCACUAGGACCAGACUGCACCAGGCAUACAACACUUGGUUUGCUCAACAAAGCCAAAGCACACAUCAAGAAACUUGAAGAAGCUGAAAGGAAGAGCCAGCACCAGCUUGAGAACUUGGAACGAGAACAGAGAUUUUUAAAGCGGCGACUGGAACAGCUGCAGGGUCCUCAAGAGAUGGAACGAAUACGAAUGGACAGCAUUGGAUCAACUAUUUCUUCAGAUCGUUCUGAUUCAGAACGAGAGGAGAUUGAAGUGGAUGUUGAAAGCACAGAGUUCUCCCAUGGAGAAGUGGACAAUAUAAGUACCACCAGCAUCAGUGACAUUGAUGACCACAGCAGCCUGCAGAGUAUUGGGAGUGACGAGGGUUACUCCAGUGCCAGUGUCAAACUUCCUUUCACUUCCUAGACCCCAGCAUGGCAUACAGUGCAGGGCGGAAUAUUCACUGGGCCAAUUCAGUACAGUCUCUUUAAAUUGGGUUCAUGAUGCAGUCUCCUCUUUAAAUAAAACUAUACUUGAACAAAAGGGUCAAAAGACCUGUAUUUAAGCAAAUACUUAACAAAGUGGGGUAGAGCCUCCCCAGCAGAACAAAUAUUCAUAUUGGAAAAAAUACAAUUUCUAAUGGCAGCAGAAAACUCGUGUGAAAUUAUCGAGUUCACUGAAAGAGGACAGUGGAUGUUCUGCUCCUUUUCCAGUUUGCUCAUGCUGCUUUGAGUAGACAUUUAAGGGUGGGGGUAUGACCCCUUCCUGGGCUUUUUGGCUCUAGAAACAAAAUUAAACUUACAGUAAGGAAGAGACAAAGAUAAUCAGGCAUUAAUCUUGGAUAGCUAAAGAGCUAUUAAAACUAAGCCUCAAAGACAGUUUAUCAUGAAGCCUGUGGAUGAUCCAAUUCUUUUAAAAAAUAAAAAAGCUCAUUUCAUGCUCUACAAAAGGAGAGACUCCCAUGAAGCCUUUUGAGAGAUCAUCAUGCAGCUCAGCUUUCUGUUGGAUUCCAUGCUAAGCAAGCUAACCUUAUCCUGCCUUGUUAGCACUAGGGCACCCAACUUCCAGCUCAUCACUCUUAGGCAAUGUAGGGGUGACCCAUGCAUGACAGCCUGUAUCACACAAGGCCUAUGAGUAUGGUUUGGGGGCCAGAAGAAAAAAGCUCCACGUGCCUCUAUGUCUGUGAGGAUCUGAAGAGUUGGGUAUACAGUUUAGCAGGCCAAGGUCUGAGCUAUGGCAGCAUUUUUGAGAUUUUGAUAACUGUUUAUAUGUGUUGAAAACCAAAAUGACAUCUUUUUAAAGCUUGUCCAUAAGUAAACAUAGAUGUCUUUUAUAGUGGAAAAAACACAUGGGAAAAAAAUCAUCUAUUUUGAUGCAGCAUUUGAUAAUGAUAAAACACCUCACACCUCACUCUUUGUAGUGCACAGAAUGAAUGAGGUUUGGGCUGGGUAGAAAAAGGUCAAUGCUGUUUUUGUUUUCCUUUAGGAUCAUUACUUUUACCAGCUUUUAACCAUCUGAUACCCAUGGUAGACACACUAUCAUAGUUAACAUAGUUAAGUUCAGCACUUGUCUCAUUGUGAAGAUUUGCUUCUGUUUCCCACAGGCGUUCUCCUCUCCCACAAGCCACUGUGCAGGUGCUAUUGUUGCUCUGAUAAAUAUUUUCAGAAAUGUUCUUUUCUUCUAAGUGAAAUUUCUCGCCUGCACUUUGAUGUCAUGUGUUUGUUCCCUUUGUCUUUCAAACUCUUAAGGUUUCCCUCUGGUCCUCUCCUUUACCCUGGGAAGCCUUCCUGGAGACCUACCCCCAGCUGUUUGAACUUUGUAUUCUUUAAAUAAUUUAACUACCCUUAAUUACUUAAAAAAGCUUUAUGAUUUUCAUAACUUAUUGCUGAUUUUAAUGGGUUGUUAAUUUCAGUCCUGUAGUUUUAUUUUAUGUUUAGAUAGGGCUGGGCAAGGAAAAAAGAGAAUAAAGACAACCAUAUUUAGCAGUGCAGUUGUGUGUUAAUGUUAGAACGAUCUCUGUGAGCAGCACUUUAACAACACCAUUUCCAUGUAUGAAAUGUACUGUUCUGGUCAUACAUAAGGCCUCGGCUUACAAACUCACUCACUCAUGUUCUUCCUGUGUGCCCCCCCCCAAGUACUUUUUCCUUGAUUGUGCUGUGUAUGAGGAUGAGAAAAUCUUUGAAAUAGAAGUGUGUUGAAAAACUGCAUGCUUUUAGAAACCCACUACAGAAACUUGCCACACUUCAGGUGCUGGGGGCUUGAGGAAAAAAAACAAAACAAAAAAAUCAAAACAUGAAGCAAGCAAAUUCAUUUUUGUGGUGGA